GUUAUUGAAUGAUCCUCCUGCUUCUCCUGUCUGGCCUGCUUUCCUACUGCCUGACCUUUUCCUGGUUAAAAAUCUGGAGGAAAAUGGCUGACUCCACACCUGGCACCAACAACCCACCGGAGGUGAACUUCCCCCCGAUGCAGGAGCCCUCGGCAGCCUCAGGAGCCCCUCAGCUGCACGGAGAGGACCACAGCUCCCCGCCAAAGACCCCCCAGACAGCAGAGUCGGUGUCCCUCAAAGGUGCCAGAGAUGCCCGUCGCCAAAAGCCCUCCCGGCACCCCACCUACCUCAAGCCCCCAAGGACCCCCGUCGGCCCCGACAGCGCCUCGGAUGCAGGGCCAGCAGGUUCCCCGGCCCCAGACACCAACGGCCUUGUGACGGAGGAGAAUCUCCCCCAGGGCUCGCGGGCCCGGACGCUGUCCAGGGAGGACGAGAAGCAGGCACACAUCAAGAGGCAGCUGAUGACCAAUUUCAUCCUGGGCUCCUUCGACGACAACUCCUCCGACGAGGACACUGCUGGCGCCUUCCAGCAUUCGUCCCGCAAGGGCAGCCGGGCCAGCCUGGGGGCCCCGUCCUUGGAAGCCACUCUGCCCGCGUCUGAGAUCAGGCCCAGCAUGUCAGGACUCCAUCUGGUGAAGAGGGGCCGAGAGCAGAAGAAGCUGGACCUACACAGAGACUUCACGGUGGCCUCCCCAGCCGAGUUCGUCACACGCUUCGGGGGGGACCGGGUCAUUGAGAAGGUGCUCAUCGCCAACAACGGCAUCGCGGCCGUGAAGUGCAUGCGCUCCAUCCGCAGGUGGGCCUACGAGAUGUUCCGGAACGAGCGGGCUAUCCGCUUCGUCGUCAUGGUGACGCCGGAGGACCUCAAGGCCAAUGCAGAGUACAUCAAGAUGGCAGAUCAGUACGUGCCCGUCCCAGGGGGCCCCAACAACAACAACUAUGCCAACGUGGAGCUGAUCGUCGACAUUGCCAAAAGGAUCCCCGUGCAGGCCGUGUGGGCUGGCUGGGGCCACGCUUCGGAGAACCCCAAACUCCCGGAGCUCCUGCGCAAACACGACAUCGCUUUCUUAGGCCCCCCCAGCGAGGCCAUGUGGGCCCUGGGGGAUAAGAUCGCGUCCACCAUCGUGGCCCAGACGCUGCAGAUCCCAACCCUGCCCUGGAGUGGAAGUGGUCUGACCGUGGAAUGGUCAGAAGAAGACCUGAAGCAGGGGAAGAGGAUCUGCGUCCCCGAAGACAUUUACAACCAGGGCUGUGUGAAAGACAUCGAUGAGGGUCUGGAGGCGGCAGAAAAGAUCGGCUUUCCGUUGAUGAUCAAGGCUUCUGAAGGAGGAGGCGGGAAGGGGAUCCGGAAGGCCAAGAGCGCCGAAGACUUCCCCAUCCUUUUCAGACAAGUGCAGAGCGAGAUCCCGGGCUCCCCCGUCUUCCUCAUGAAGCUGGCACAGCACGCGCGGCACCUGGAGGUGCAGAUUCUGGCCGACCAGUACGGCAACGCCGUGUCCCUGUUCGGGCGUGACUGCUCCAUCCAGCGGCGCCACCAGAAGAUCAUCGAGGAGGCGCCGGCCACCAUCGCCACCCCGGCUGUGUUCGAGUUCAUGGAGCAGUGCGCCGUGCGCCUGGCCAAGACGGUGGGCUACGUGAGCGCAGGCACGGUGGAGUACCUCUACAGCCAGGACGGCAGCUUCCACUUCCUGGAGCUGAACCCGCGCCUGCAGGUGGAGCACCCCUGCACGGAGAUGAUCGCCGACGUCAACCUGCCGGCCGCCCAGUUACAGAUCGCCAUGGGCGUGCCGCUGCACCGGCUGAAGGACAUCCGCCUCCUGUACGGGGAGUCCCCCUGGGCCGUGACGCCCAUCUCCUUCGACACUCCUGCCAACCCGCCCAUGGCCCGCGGCCACGUCAUCGCCGCCAGGAUCACCAGUGAGAACCCCGAUGAGGGGUUCAAACCCAGCUCCGGGACGGUCCAGGAACUGAAUUUCCGCAGCAACAAGAACGUGUGGGGUUACUUCAGCGUGGCGGCUGCCGGCGGCUUGCACGAGUUUGCGGAUUCUCAGUUUGGGCACUGCUUCUCCUGGGGAGAGAACCGGGAAGAGGCCAUCUCGAACAUGGUGGUGGCGCUGAAGGAGCUGUCCAUCCGCGGGGACUUCAGGACCACCGUGGAGUACCUCAUCAACCUCCUGGAGACGGAGAACUUCCAGAACAACGCCAUCGACACCGGCUGGCUGGAUCACCUCAUUGCCCAGAAAGUGCAGGCCGAGAAGCCGGACAUCAUGCUGGGGGUGGUGUGCGGGGCCUUGAACGUGGCCGACGCCAUGUUCAGAACCUGCAUGACGGACUUCCUGCACUCGCUGGAAAGGGGCCAGGUCCUGCCCGCAGACUCGCUGCUCAACACCGUGGACGUGGAGCUCAUCUAUGGCGGCAUCAAGUACAUUCUCAAGGUGGCCCGGCAGUCGCUCACCAUGUUCGUGCUCAUCAUGAAUGGCGGUCACAUCGAGAUCGACGCCCACCGGCUCAACGACGGGGGGCUGCUCCUGUCCUACAAUGGGAGUAGCCACACCACCUACUUGAAGGAGGAGGUGGACAGUUACCGCAUCACCAUCGGCAACAAGACGUGUGUGUUUGAGAAGGAGAACGACCCCACGGUGCUGAGGUCCCCCUCGGCCGGGAAGCUGAUCCAGUACAUGGUGGAGGACGGGGGCCACGCGGAGGCCGGCAGCAGCUACGCCGAGAUGGAGGUGAUGAAGAUGAUCAUGACCCUGAGCACGCAGGAGGGCGGCCGCGUGCACUACAUCAAGCGCCCUGGGGCCGUGCUGGAGGCGGGCUGUGUGGUGGCCCGGCUGGAACUCGAUGACCCUUCCAAGGUGCAUGCGGCUGAGCCCUACACGGGGGAGCUCCCUGCCCAGCCCACGAUGCCCAUCCUCGGCGAGAAGCUGCAUCAGGUUUUCCACAGCGUGCUGGAGAACCUCACCAACGUCAUGAACGGCUACUGCCUGCCGGAGCCCAUUUUCAGCAUCAAGCUGAAAGAGUGGGUGCAGAAGCUCAUGAUGACCCUUCGGCACCCCACACUGCCGCUGCUGGAGCUGCAGGAGAUCAUGACGAGCGUGUCGGGCCGCAUCCCCGCGCCCGUGGAGAAGGCCGUCCGCCGGGUCAUGGCGCAGUACGCCAGCAACAUCACGUCGGUGCUGUGCCAGUUCCCCAGCCAGCAGAUAGCCAGCAUCCUAGACUGCCACGCGGCCACCCUGCAGCGCAAGGCCGACCGGGAGGCCUUCUUCAUGAACACCCAGAGCAUCGUGCAGCUGGUGCAGAGGUACCGCAGCGGCACCCGCGGCUACAUGAAGGCGGUGGUGCUGGACCUCCUGCGAAAAUACCUCCAAGUCGAGAACCAUUUCCAGCAAGCCCACUACGACAAGUGCGUCAUCAACCUCAGGGAGCAGCUGAAGCCAGACAUGUCCCAGGUGCUGGACUGCAUCUUCUCCCACGCGCAGGUGGCCAAGAAGAACCAGCUGGUGAUCAUGCUGAUUGAUGAACUCUGUGGCCCCGACCCCUCCCUGUCGGACGAGCUGACCUCCAUCCUCACCGAACUCACGCAGCUGAGCAAAAGCGAGCACUGCAAGGUGGCCCUGAGGGCCAGGCAGGUCCUGAUUGCCUCCCACCUGCCCUCCUAUGAGCUGCGGCACAACCAAGUCGAGUCCAUCUUCCUGUCGGCUGUGGACAUGUACGGCCACCAGUUCUGCCCAGAAAACCUCAAGAAAUUAAUUCUUUCAGAAACAACCAUCUUUGACGUCCUGCCCACGUUCUUCUACCACACAAACCAGGUCGUCUGCAUGGCGUCCCUGGAGGUGUACGUGCGGAGAGGCUACAUCGCCUACGAGCUCAACAGCCUGCAGCACCGGCAGCUCCCCGACGGCACCUUCGUGGUGGAGUUCCAGUUCAUGCUGCCCUCUUCCCACCCAAACAGGAUGGCCGUGCCCGUCAGCGUCACCAACCCCAACCUGCUGCGGCACAGCACGGAGCUCUACAUGGACAGCGGCUUCUCCCCGCCCUGCCAGCGCAUGGGGGCCAUGGUCGCCUUCCGGAGGUUCGAGGACUUCACCAGGAACUUUGAUGAGGUCAUCUCCUGCUUUGCCAACGUGCCCAGAGACACCCCGCUCUUCAGCACGGCCCACAGCACCCUGUACUCCGAGGUGGACAGUAAGGGCCCCCGGGAGGAGCCCAUCCACAUCCUGAACGUGGCCAUCCAGAGUGCUGACCACCUGGAGGACGAGGAGCUGGUCCCCAUCUUCCGGACCUUCAUACAGUCCAAGAAAAAUAUCCUGGUGGAAUAUGGACUCCGGAGAAUCACCUUCCUGAUUGCCCAAGAGAAAGAAUUUCCCAAGUUUUUCACCUUCCGGGCCAGAGACCAGUUCGCGGAAGACCGCAUUUACCGGCACCUGGAGCCCGCGCUGGCCUUCCAGCUGGAGCUCAGUCGUAUGCGCAACUUCGAGCUCAGAGCCGUGCCCUGCGCCAACCAUAAGAUGCACCUGUACCUGGGCGCCGCCCGCGUGAAGGAGGGCACGGAGGUCACCGACCACAGGUUCUUCAUCCGGGCCAUCAUCAGGCACUCGGACCUGAUCACAAAGGAAGCAUCCUUCGAGUACCUGCAGAACGAGGGGGAGCGUCUGCUCCUGGAGGCCAUGGACGAGCUGGAGGUGGCCUUCAACAACACGAGCGUGCGCACGGACUGCAACCACAUCUUCCUCAACUUUGUGCCCACCGUCAUCAUGGACCCCUACAAGAUCGAGGAGUCCGUCCGCUCCAUGGUGAUGCGCUACGGCAGCCGGCUCUGGAAGCUCCGCGUGCUGCAGGCCGAGGUCAAGAUCAACAUCCGCGAGUCCGCCUCGGGCAAGGUCGUCCCCAUCCGCCUGUUCCUCACCAACGAGUCCGGCUACUACCUGGACAUCAGCCUCUACGAGGAAGUGACCGACCAGAGAUCUGGAAACAUCAUGUUCCAGUCCUUCGGCAGCAAGCAAGGACCCCAGCACGGGAUGCUCAUCAACACGCCCUACGUCACCAAGGACCUGCUCCAGGCCAAGCGGUUCCAGGCCCAGUCCCUGGGGACCACCUACGUGUACGACUUCCCGGAAAUGUUCAGGCAGGCGCUCUUCAAACUGUGGGGCUCCCCAGACAAGUACCCCAAGGACAUCCUGACCUACACAGAGCUCGUGCUGGACCCUCAGGGCCAGCUGGUGGAGAUGAACCGCGUGCCGGGAGGAAACGAGGUGGGCAUGGUGGCCUUCCGGAUGAAGCUGAAGACGCAGGAGUACCCCGAGGGGCGUGACAUCAUCGUCAUCGGCAACGACAUCACCUUCCGCAUCGGUUCCUUUGGCCCGGGUGAGGACCUCCUGUACUUGCGGGCCUCAGAGUUGGCCCGGGCGGAGGGCAUCCCCAGGAUCUACCUCGCCGCCAACAGUGGGGCCCGCAUCGGCCUCGCAGAGGAGAUCAAGCACAUGUUCCAGGUGGCGUGGGUCGACCCAGAAGACCCCCACAAGGGCUAUAAGUACCUGUACCUGACCCCGCAAGACUACACCCGCAUCAGCCCGCUGAACUCCGUGCACUGCACCCACGUCGAGGAGGACGGCGAGUCCAGGUACGUCAUCACGGAUAUUAUCGGCAAGGACGACGGGCUCGGCGUGGAGAACCUCAGGGGCUCGGGCAUGAUCGCCGGGGAGUCCUCGCUGGCUUACGAGGAGAUCGUUACCAUCAGCUUGGUGACCUGCCGAGCCCUGGGCAUCGGGGCGUACCUGGUGAGGCUGGGCCAGCGGGUGAUCCAGGUGGAGAACUCCCACAUCAUCCUGACAGGAGCGGGCGCUCUUAACAAGGUGCUGGGCCGGGACGUGUACACGUCCAACAAUCAGCUGGGCGGCGUGCAGAUCAUGCACAACAACGGCGUCGCCCACAUCACCGUGCCCGACGACUUCGAGGGCGUCUACACCAUCCUGGAGUGGUUGUCCUACAUGCCAAAGGACAACCACAGCCCUGUCCCCAUCAUCACACCCACUGAUCCCAUUGACCGGGAAAUUGAGUUUCACCCGUCCAGGGCUCCCUACGACCCCCGGUGGAUGCUGGCAGGGCGGCCGCACCCAACCAUGAAGGGCUCUUGGCAGAGCGGCUUCUUCGACCAGGGCAGCUUCCGGGAAAUCCUGCAGCCCUGGGCCCAGACCGUGGUGACGGGACGAGCCAGGCUGGGGGGCAUCCCGGUGGGAGUGAUCGCUGUGGAGACGCGGACCGUGGAGGUAGCCGUGCCCGCAGACCCCGCCAACCUGGAUUCCGAGGCCAAGAUCAUUCAGCAGGCGGGCCAGGUGUGGUUCCCAGACUCGGCCUUCAAGACGGCCCAGGCCAUCAAGGACUUCAACCGGGAGAAGCUGCCCUUGAUGAUCUUUGCCAACUGGAGGGGGUUCUCCGGGGGCAUGAAGGACAUGUACGACCAGGUGCUGAAGUUCGGCGCCUACAUCGUGGACGGCCUGCGGCAGUACAAACAGCCCAUUCUCAUCUACAUCCCGCCCUACGCUGAGCUCCGGGGAGGCUCCUGGGUGGUGGUGGACCCCACCAUCAACCCCCUGUGCAUCGAGAUGUACGCAGACAAAGAGAGCAGGGGGGGUGUUCUGGAGCCAGAAGGAACCGUGGAGAUUAAGUUCCGACAGAAAGAUCUCACAAAAGCGAUGAAGAGGAUCGACCCAGUUUACAAGAAACUUGUGGAGCAGCUGGCCUCCAAGAAGCUCUCGGACCAGGAAGUGCGGGAGCUGGAGGCGCAGUUGAAGGACCGCGAGGAGCAGUUGCUGCCCAUCUACCACCAGGUGGCAGUGCAGUUCGCCGACCUGCACGACACUCCCGGCCGCAUGCUGGAGAAGGGCGUGAUCUCGGACGUGCUGGAGUGGAGGACGUCGCGCACCUUCCUGUACUGGCGCCUCCGCCGGCUCCUGCUGGAGGACCAGGUCAAGCAGGAGGUCCUGCGCGCGUGCGGCCCGCUCAGCCACGUCCACAUCCAGUCCAUGCUGCGCCGCUGGUUCGUGGAGACCGAGGGCGCCGUCAAGGCCUACCUGUGGGAGAACAACCAGAUGGUGGUGCAGUGGCUGGAGCAGCACUGGCAGGUGGGGGACGGGCUGCGCUCCACCAUCGGGGACAACAUCAAGUACCUGAAGCGCGACGCGGUGCUCAAGACCAUCCGGGGCCUGGUCGAGGAGAACCCCGAAGUGGCCGUGGAUUGUAUGAUGCACUUGAGCCAACACAUCAGCGCGGCCGAGCGCGCCCAGCUGGCCCAGCUCCUGUCUACCAUGGACAGCCCAGCGUCCACCUGACCCCAGCCCUCUGGCCACUCCCAGGACCACGGGCAAUAGAAACCGCAGCGAACCGCCGGCCGCAACGUCUUGCCAGGAUUUGGGGGAUUUGCUUUAAAAGAAAAAAAAAAUCUUGGGGCCAGGUAACUGGCCCCAGACUUCGGUCUCAAUAAAAGGCUCCCGAGUGACCUGCCGGGCAGAACGAGCCGCGUCUCCCCGGGCCGACAAGGAGCGACCUUGGCUUUGCCUGAAGACAGCGUGGCAGCCGCAUCCUGGAGUGGGAUCGACCCGAGCACCCCCACAUCCUCCUCCCACCCUCCCGGGCCUCGUGCGGGGGACCCGGGGCUUCAUCCCCUUUGUAUCGCGUGGCAGACUCUUAUAUUUUUUUAAUUUCCAGGCCCGGCCUUGACGUCCGUGGCUAUCUUGGCCCAAUAAACAAGCCGAGGAGAGCUUGGAGAUCAGAUGAAUAUUUUUUUUUUUUCCCAAAUUGAAGACUGAAAUGCUCCUGUGUUCCCUGCCAGGCCCCUGGUGAACCAUGAGGGUGUCAGGCGCUUUGAGCGGGGACUUGGAUGGAUGGAGGAAAGAAACCAAAGAGAACUGCUUGGCCACGGCUUCUGGCACAUUCUGAGACUUCCUGUGGCCCCCGGCCCCCCGGCCUGCUCAUCCCUUACCCUGGAGAACAAGGACAAGGCUGAGUGUGGGCGCAGGCGCAGCUGGUGGGACUUGCGGGGUGUGCGGAGGGCCUCUGCGAGUCCCCAGGCUCACCCCCUUACCCGCUGGCUUCUGUCCGUGACCGGAUCGGACCCCAAGGGGCAGGGACUGGGUCGUGAGAGCCACCCACCGUCACCGUUGGCACAGACAGGUCUUUGCAACAGGCUCAGCCGCCAGUACUGGCCCCUGGGGCCAGCACACUCUGGGCUUCUGCGACCCACGCCGUCCCGGCCACCUGCCUCUGGCCAGAGGUGGGGAAGGGAGCGGGCCCCUCCGUCUGUGAUGGGCAGUUCGGGGGUGCCACAUGUUAUGCCAGUUUGGAGGUCAGCGACGUGGCCCCCUCAGCUGGGAUGCUGGAGGGUGUCCGAGAUUUGAGAAACCUGGCGACGGCUCUGGUCAGGGCUGUGGUGUGGGGGCUGACGGGAGUGGGGUGGGGGGGAAGAGUCCUCCCCUGAGGGGAAAGAAUCACGCUGCUUGGGGGUCCCGUGCGUCUCCUGUGUGGGGGAGGCCUCCCAGUCUUGGAGGGACAGUUUGAUGACUAUCUGUGACCCAGGAACGGAGAUGGCAGAGGAACCCACCAGGAAAUGGGUGAAAUAAAUUAUUUUUGGA